ACAGGAAAUGCAGUAUUUGCGAGACUCUUGAAAAGUCCAUUUAAAAGUUUGACUGCAGAACUGUGCAUCACUGCGACUAAAAUGCCUAACUACACAGUAACUGUUGCCACCGGCACACAGUGGUUUGCUGGUACAGAUGACUACAUUUACUUGACCCUUGUGGGAUCUGAGCACUGCAGUGAGAGGACUCUCCUGGAUAAAGCUCUCUAUAAUGAUUUUGAGAGAGGAGCGGUGGACUCAUACGACAUCAGUGUGGGAGAGGACCUGGGUGAAAUCGAGCUGGUCAAAAUUGAAAAGAAGAAAUACUGGGUGCAAGAUGAUUGGUACUGCAAAUACAUCACGGUCAAGACACCUUAUGGAGAUUACAUUGAGUUUCCCUGCUUCCGCUGGUUAGUUGAUGACAAGGAAGUGAUCCUCAGAGAUGGCAGGGCUCGUCUGCCACAGCAUGAUAAGACCUGGGCAGUGAAGCAGCACAGACGCAAAGAACUGGAACAGAGGCAGAAAACAUACAGAUGGAAGGAAUGGCACCCUGGUUUCCCUAUGAGUAUCGACGCCAAAGCCCACAGUGAACUCCCACGUGACAUUCAGUUUGACAGUGAGAAAGGAGUAGACUUUGUUCUCAACUACAGUAAAGCGAUAGAGAACCUCUAUGUUAAUCAAUUCAUGCACAUGUUCCAGUCUUCAUGGACAGAUUUCGCAGAUUUUGAGCGGAUAUUUGUGAGAAUAAAGAACACAAUUUCAGAAUAUGUGAUGCAACACUGGAAGGAAGACUUCAUGUUUGGGUAUCAGUUCUUGAAUGGCUGCAAUCCUGUCAUCAUAAGCAAAUGUACAAAGAUCCCAGACAAGUUUCCUGUCACAGAUGAGUUAGUGGGGGACAGCCUGGAAAGAGGUCUCACUCUUGAGGAGGAGAUCAAGGAAGGAAACAUCUUCAUUGCUGACUAUGAGGUAAUGGAUGGCGUGACUGCUAAUACAACGGACCCAUGCACCCUUCAGUAUUUGGCUGCACCCAUCUGCCUGUUGUACAGGAACAGUCAGAACAAAAUAUUUCCAAUCGCAAUUCAGCUGAGUCAAACCCCAGGCGAGGAUAACCCAAUAUUUCUACCAACUGAUGACCAGCACGAUUGGUUGUUGGCCAAAAUCUGGGUGAGAUCUUCAGACUUUCACGUUCACCAGACAGUCACACAUCUUCUCAGAACACAUCUGAUAUCCGAGGUCUUUGGUAUAGCCAUGUACAGACAACUACCGGCGGUUCACCCAGUUUUUAAGUUGCUGUUACCUCACGUCCGUUUCACCAUUGCCAUUAACACCAAGGCUCGUGAGCAACUUAUCUGUGAGUGUGGACUCUUUGACAAGGCUAAUGGCACAGGUGGAGGUGGCCAUGUUGAACUAGUGCAGAGAGCCAUGAAGACCUUCACAUACAAGUCCCUGUGUUUCCCAGAGUCUAUAAAAGCUCGAGGGAUGGAUAGCCAGGAGGAGCUGCCGUAUUACUUCUACAGGGAUGAUGGCCUCAGAGUCUGGGAGGCUGUGAAAAACUUUGUGACAGAUGUGGUGAACGUCUACUAUGACAGUGAUGAAACACUUAAAAAAGAUGAGGAGAUCCAGGCAUUUGUUAAAGAUGUAUGCAGCUUUGGAAUGCAAGAUUUCGACUAUUGUGAGUUUCCAAAGACACUGCAAACCAAAGAGCAGCUAGUGGAGUAUCUAACCAUCGUGAUAUUCACUGCCUCUGCACACCAUGCUGCUGUAAACUUUGGUCAGUAUGACUGGUGUUCAUGGAUUCCAAAUUCCCCUCCAACCAUGAGAAAACCUCCUCCAACAAAAAAGGGCGAAGUGGAUAUAACGUACAUCGUGGAGAGUCUGCCUGAUCGGGGAAGAUCCUGUUGGCAUCUUGGAGCCGUGUGGGCCCUCAGCCAGUUUCAAGAAAAUGAGUUGUUUUUAGGCAUGUAUAACGAUGAGCAUUUUAUUGAGAAACCUGUGAAGGAGGCCAUGGUGGAAUUUCGCAAGAAUCUCGGUGAAAUAUCGAAAGUCAUCAAGAACCGAAAUGAAGGCAAGAAGCUGCCGUACUACUAUCUGUCUCCAGAUCGAAUCCCAAACAGUGUGGCUGUCUGAGCCACCAGAACGGCCACUGGUAGGAUGAUUUAGUUGAGGGUUAAUAUGAGCAGUUUUACAUUUUAAGCCUGCUUUUGUUAAAAUAAAAAACUUUGUUUACUCUUAUAAAAUGUUUAUUUUACUUUCAUAAAAAAACUAAUGUCUGUAAUUUUGAUCAUAGUAAUUUGUCCUCAACCAUCUAUUUAACUUUUAUGUCCAUUGUUCAUGAUCAGAUCAAUUCAUGUUCUGCAUUUUUUCUUUUUGAAUGUAUUAUAAAAUAUAUCUGAAUUACAGAAAUGCUGAUAAAUGACAAUAUGUUUAAUGCCUGGGUGGGUGUGGGAUUCGGAUGAAUAUUUCAUAUUUCAUGUUAUGUUAUUUCAAGGCAUUUCAUAAUAUUGAAUAAUUAACCAUUUUGUGGAAAUCAUACAGAAAAGGACAAAAUAUUGUACACUUUAUGAGUCACAUUCUUUUAACCAUUGGUUUCAAUAAAAUGAAUAAUCACAA